AUUAAAACUUUUAAUUUGGAGGUGUGUACCAUCAACGCCCUCUUCAUGUUCCCAACAAACUGUACUCCUCCUCCCCUUUCUCUCUCCUCUCUUUCUCUCUCUAGACAUCCCUUUCGAUUUUCAAGGAAACACUUCCGAAUUCUCUCUCUCUCUCUCUCCAUAAUCUCUGCUUAAAUGCGCCACAAUGUGUGAAACCCUUGCCAAGAUUUGAUUUUUUUUCUUCAGAGUUUUCAAAUAAUGGCGUUUAAGCAGUUGCUUUGCAUUUUGAUCCUGUUCGAGUUGAGUUUUUUCUUCGCAACAAACAAUGCCGUUUCGUUGCAGAAGAAAUUUGAUGGAAGCCCUGAUGCAGAGAUUUUGCUGUUGUUUAAGAAGUCUCUCGAAAACCCUGAAAUUCUGGUUUCAUGGAACCCUUCACUCUCUCACUGCAACUGGACCGGAGUGUACUGCGAAGAAGACCGAGUCACCUCACUCGUUCUGUCGACUCACACACUCACUGACCAACUGAGGGGUCCCCUUCCCGCUUCUCUGUUCUCUCUCACCACCCUCAUUGUGCUGGAUCUUUCGUCCAAUAAGUUUGACGGCGACAUUCCGGCGGGCAUUGGUUCGCUCAACCGGCUGAAAGUGUUGGACUUGGGUUACAAUCACCUCUGCGGCGAGUUACCGAGCCAACUUGGUGACCUGACUCGUCUGCAGAAUCUCAGACUCGGGCCUAACUUCUUCACCGGAAAAAUCCCUGCUGAAAUCGGAAACUUGGUAAGCCUCGAAUCUCUCGACCUUUCCGGUAAUUCCCUCGCCGGAAAUAUUCCACCUCAGAUCGGAAACAUGACCCACCUUCGGAUUUUGGCUCUUGGAAAUAAUUUUCUGACGGGCACUUUGCCUUCUAACCUCUUUCCAAAUCUUCACUCCUUGUCUUCAUUCGACGUUUCGAAUAAUUCUCUCUCUGGAAAUAUUCCUCCCGAAAUCGGAAACCUAUCCUCCCUCACAGAGAUUUUCCUCGGCGACAACCAUUUCUCCGGCGUUUUCCCGCCGGAGAUUGGCCGGUUGUCUAAUCUUGAAAUUUUAUCCUCCCCUUCUUGUUCGUUCAACGGCCCUUUACCUCAGACAUUCUCAAAGCUGACAUCUUUGAGCAAGCUCGAUCUUUCGUCGAACCCUUUACAGUGUUCCAUCCCUAAAAUCAUCGGAGAUUUGCAAAAUUUGACCGUAUUAAACCUUGUUUACGCUGAGCUUAACGGCAGCAUUCCGUCAGAGAUUGGAAAAUGCAGAAACUUAAAAGUGUUGCUGCUUUCGUUCAACUCUCUUACCGGAAUGUUGCCCGCUGAGCUAUCCGAUUUGUCCUUAAUGACAUUUUCGGCCGAAAAGAAUCUGCUAUCGGGCCCAUUGCCUUCUUGGCUUGGUAAAUGGACAAUGGUUGAUUCGAUAUUGCUUUCCAACAAUCGAUUUUCGGGCAAAAUUCCGCCAGAGAUUGGAAACUGUUCGAUGCUGAGUCACAUUAGCUUCGGCAGUAACUUGCUUACAGGGGAGAUUCCUAAAGAGCUGUGCAACGCAGUUUCUCUUACGGAGAUUGAGCUCGACCAUAAUUUUCUCACCGGGAGUAUCGAAGAAACUUUCGUGAAGUGUGGAAAUCUGACUCAGUUGGUGCUGCUCGAUAAUAAGCUUGUCGGUUCUGUUCCUGGUUAUUUAUCAGAGCUCCCUUUGAUAGCUCUCGAGUUGGAUUCGAAUAAUUUCACCGGUUCAAUCCCGGUGAGUAUUUGGAGUUCACCGAAUCUGAUCGAGUUUUCCGCUGCAAAUAAUCAGUUGGAGGGUUCUCUUCCGAAGGAGAUCGGGAAUGCUGCAUCGUUGGAGAGCAUUGUUCUUCCAAACAAUCGGAUAACCGGUACAAUUCCUGCAGAGAUUGGGAAACUUCAAUUUCUCUCUGUGCUGAAUUUGAACUCCAAUUUUCUCGAAGGGAAUAUUCCAAUUGAGAUUGGGAACUGCACCGCCCUUGCAACGUUGGAUUUGGCGAAGAACAACCUCAACGGUUCCAUUCCAGAAGAGUUAGCCGAUUUGCCUCAGUUGCAAUGCCUUGUUCUUUCGUAUAACAAUCUGUCUGGGAAUAUUCCUCCCAAAAGUCCCAAGUAUUUUCAGCAGGUUUCGGUUAUUCCCGAUUCGAGCUAUGUUCAGCAUCAUGGAAUCUACGAUCUUUCGCACAACAGAUUGAGCGGUUCGAUUCCUCAAGAACUUGGGAACUGUGUUGUUUUGGUGGAUCUUCUUCUCAACAACAAUAUGCUCUCCGGGGCGAUCCCUAGUUCUUUAUCGCGCUUAUCCAAUCUCACGACUUUGGAUUUGUCUGAAAACUUACUUAAUGGUUAUAUACCUCGUGAAUUUGGCGGUUCGGUGAAGCUGCAGGGGUUGUACCUUGGGAAUAAUCUGCUCACAGGUACAAUCCCAGAUAGCAUCGGUGCAUUGAUUGGAUUGGUGAAGCUUAAUUUAUCGUCUAAUAUGUUAACCGGUUCAAUUCCACCUAGUUUCGGCAAGUUGAACGGGCUUACUCAUUUGGACUUGAGCUCCAACUUGCUGAGCGACGAGCUUCCUCUAGCCAUGUCCGGAAUGGUGCAUCUUGUCGGGUUUUACGCGCAGCAUAACAAUCUUUCAGGUCAUAUAACUGAGCUAUUCAAAGAUUCCAUACUUUGGAGAGUCGAAAUUGUGAAUUUAAGCAGCAACUCGUUUAGUGGGCAAUUGCCAAGAUCGUUGGGCAAUAUGUCAUAUCUGACAGUCUUGGAUAUCCAUGGAAACAGUUUUACGGGCGAAGUACCAACUGAACUCGGAAAUCUCGCACAGCUCGAGUAUCUUGAUGUCUCGGGGAAUAUGCUAAUUGGAGAAAUUCCCAAUCAAGUUUGUGGUUUGACGAAUCUCGUUUUCUUGAAUCUUGCCGAAAACGAGCUGGUGGGCCCCAUUCCAAGAACCGGUAUUUGCAAGAAUCUGACAGAAGCUUUUCUAACGGGGAACAAGAAUCUAUGUGGCGGAAUCACGGGGAUAAGAUGCCCUUUGAAGAGCUUUGCAAGAAAAUCGUCUCUGCUAAAUGUAUGGGGACUGGCAUCACUUGUUGUAGGAAUUGUUUUAAUAGCCCUUUCGGUGAUUAUAGUGCUGAAAAUCUGGUCAAAUAGAAGCAGCAGAAACGACCCCGAAGAUAUUUCAGACAGCAAAUUGAACAGCUCGGACGAACAGAAUCUUUACUUCUUGAGCAGCAGCAGAUCGAAGGAGCCGCUUAGCAUCAACAUUGCAAUGUUCGAGCAGCCACUCCUCAAACUGACAGUAGUCGACAUACUCGAGGCAACAAACAAUUUCUGCAAAUCGAACAUUAUCGGAGACGGUGGUUUCGGUACAGUGUACAAAGCACUUUUACCCGACGGAAAAAUCGUGGCAGUAAAGAAGCUGAGCCAAGCCAAAGCUCAAGGCCAGCGCGAGUUUCUAGCAGAAAUGGAAACCCUAGGCAAAGUUAAACAUCGAAACCUCGUUUCUUUGCUUGGGUAUUGUUCUUACGGCGAGGAGAAAGUGCUCGUUUACGAGUACAUGGAAAACGGGAGUUUGGACCAUUGGCUGAGGAACAGAACCGGAACUCUUGCCGUCUUGGAUUGGACCAAACGGUUCAAGAUUGCACUCGGUGCUGCACGUGGGCUAGCUUUUCUCCAUCACGGGUUUAUCCCACACAUAAUUCACCGAGAUAUAAAAGCUAGUAAUAUCCUUCUUAAUCAAGAUUUCGAACCAAAGGUGGCUGAUUUCGGGUUAGCGAGGUUGAUUAGUGCGUGCGAGACUCACGUGAGUACCGAUCUAGCUGGCACUUUCGGGUACAUUCCUCCAGAGUAUGGUCAGAGCUGGAAAUCGACUACGAGGGGGGAUGUGUAUAGUUUCGGUGUGAUACUUUUGGAGUUGUUGACCGGAAAGGAACCGACGGGGCCCGAUUUUAAGGAUAUCGAAGGUGGUAAUUUGGUGGGGUGGGUUUUCUUGAAAGUGAAGAAUGGUUUGGCUGUGGAUGUUCUUGAUCCUGUUGUGCUCGAUGCCGAUUCGAAGCAGUUGAUGCUUCAGACGUUGCAGAUUGCUGUCAUUUGCUUGUCCGAGAAUCCGGUGAACAGGCCUACAAUGCUGCAUGUGCUUAAAUUCUUGAAAGGGAUUAAGGAUGUUGAGUAAGGAGUUGCUGGUAAAUGUUUGUUUAAAUAAAUGUUAUUUCUGUUUAAUUAGACUUUGAUGAUUUGUUGUACCUAUAUUCCUUAUGUUAUGUAAUCAGAAGUAUCUGUUGAAUGUUUAAUCUAAAGUACUGCUUUAUGUUUUAUUUGAGUGAUUUAUUUUUAUCAAGACAAAUUGUUGGCUGG